AUGUCUGGAAACAAGCUCCCCAUCCACUCGGAGCGGCAUAUGCGCAUCGUCUGCAUUGGUUUCGGCGCUUCUGGACUUUGCUUUGCGUACAAACUGCAACGGUCGUUUUCCAACUUUUCAUUAACUGUCUUUGAGAAGAACCCGGAAGUGUCAGGAACUUGGUACGAAAACAGAUACCCUGGAGUGGCUUGUGACGUCCAGGCACAUAAUUACACUUGGUCGUUUGCGCCCAAACAUGACUGGUCGCGCGUCUAUGCGCCCGCUCAGGAAAUCUACUCGUACUUCAAUGAUUUCAUGGCCACGCACGGCCUUGAGAAGUACUGCAAGACGAGUCACAAGGUGGUCGGAGCAACAUGGGACGAUCAAAAGGGCAUCUGGAAGCUUCAAGUCGAAGAUCUUGCCCACCAGCGUAUCGAGUAUCAUGAAUGCGACAUCUUGAUCAAUGCCAGUGGAAUCCUCAACAACUGGAGAUGGCCCGCCAUUCCAGGCCUGGAGAAGUACAAGGGAACCCUGGUGCAUAGCGCCAACUGGGAUGAGAGCUUGGACCUUACCGGCAAGCACGUUGGGCUCAUCGGGAACGGUUCUUCUGGCAUUCAGAUUCUCCCAGCCAUUCAGCCAAUCGUCGAUCAACUGACGACUUUUAUUCGAGAGCCAACCUGGAUAUCUCCUCCCUUCGGCACCGAACAACGCAUUUACACCGAGGAAGAAAAGGACCGGUUCAAGAACGACCCAGAGGUGUUGACGCUGCUGCGAAAGGCCAAUGAGACAAACAACAACAGCAUGCUCGGCAUCUACUUUCCGGACCAUGAGCUACAGAAGAAGACCCGGGCGGACUUUGACCGGCAGAUGCGCGAAAAAUUGAAAGAUGUCCCGUGGCUGCAGGAGAAGCUGAUCCCUACUUGGGGGGUUGGCUGCCGUCGAUUGACUCCAGGCAUUAAUUACCUGGAGACGCUUUCCAAGCCCAACGUCAAGGUCGUCUAUGGCGAGAUUGAAUCCAUCACGGAGAGAGGAUGCAGGUGCGAUGAUGGGAUCGAGUAUCCAGUCGAUGUUCUCAUAUGUGCUACCGGUUUUGAUACCACGUUCAAGCCUCGAUUCCCACUGUACGGUCUCGAGGGCAAGAAUCUACAGGAUGAGUGGGCUCUCGAACCCCGGUCCUAUUUGGGGCUUGCAGCGCCCUAUAUGCCAAACUACUUCCAGUUCCUGGGGCCGCAUUGUCCGAUCGGUAGCGGUCCGGUCUUGAUCGCGAUUGAGGCCCAGGCAGACUACAUGCUGUCCUUUUGCGAUCGAUGGCAGACGGAAAACAUUCACUCCAUGUCACCAAAGAACGAAGCGGUCACGGACUUCUUGGAACAUUGUCAGGAGUUUAUGCAGCACACUGUCUGGAUCGAAGAAUGUCGGUCUUGGUACAAAUCAGGCUCCGCUGCUGGCCGGGUCUCAGCCCUGUGGCCUGGUAGUACGCUCCACUACCUCGAGGCGCUUAAGGAACCCCGGGGUGAUGACUGGGAGAUCAAGUACUCCGGAAACCGGUUCUCUUGGCUAGGCAAUGGGUUUUCACAGACGGAACUGGAUGACGACGCCGAUCUUGGAUACUAUAUCAGAUCCCAUGAUGAUAGUCCCUAUGCCAGCCGACGAAAACGAAGAGAGGUCAUUACGCAUACAGGGUUCAAUGCCCGAGCUCUCCAGGCCAAUGGAGACGUCAAUGCUGGGAAAGAUCUGUUGACGACCGUUGAGGAGUAUGUGAGAGAUAGGGAGGCGGGGCAGCCACACUUGUAA